UGAGGAAACAAAAGGAAGGACAGAGCCGGUAACAGAAGAGCCUGCUGCGUGUGAGCCAAAAGGGGGCGCAUGUGGAACGUCUGCGGAUGAAGUAGGAGAUGGUAAUUUAAAGAGCGUCAAGCGAGACCAGAGAGGCCGAAUCAAAAUAAAACAUUGGAGGGAUAAGAAAGAAGGAUUUAAGGGUCAAUAUCGCUGCAAAGAAGGGGCUGGUGAAGACACGGCCGCUCAUCAAUGGGGAGCACAAAAGAAAACGGGAACUGGAAAGCAGUUUUCGCCUUCAAAUGGUCCGUCAGCCGAUACGAUACCGCCAAAACAUGCAGAAGAUCAAACUUUGAAAAAUCAACAAAAGAAGAGUCAAGGUGGGCGCGGAAGAGGCGCAUCUAAGGAAUAUCAAACGGAUUCAUCGAGUAGGAAAGAGAAACGCUCAGAUAGAAAUCAAGCACAACAACCAUGGAGACCACAACCCAUGAAAAGAGAUCCCAGCAUAGUAUCAAAGCCUACAACACAGUCUCAUCCACGUGGAAUAUUCCCUGGAAAAUUUUUUUCAAUAGAUCUAAAAGCAUUGAAAAAGAAGGAUCCAAAUGAGGUGGUGAAUACCUUAAAUCAGAGAAUGCCUGGUCUUAAGUUUUUUCUAAGAUCACAAGAGGAAGAGCACAAUAGUGAUGAGUUCAUUAUAGAUCUCAUUUGUACUUUAGCAAUAGCUGGUAAUGCACCGACAGGUGAGAAUACCAACAGGAUUUUAGCUGCGCUAAAGGGUUCAGUAUUCUUAACCUCGAAGAUUCCGCGGUUGUUAGAUCGCCUGCAGGGAUCAUUGGUUUUGAAUGAUCAAGACGUCCAUGGAGGACUUUUCCACUGGCUUAUUACAGUGUUCAUGAAUUAUCUGAGACAUAUGCCUAGUUCGUAUGCUGACCUACCUUACGAUCAAUUAAAAAGAACAUUGGAUCAGUCCAACAGCGUCAGUAAAGAGGAACUACAGAGACAGUUACAGGCAUUUAAGCAAGCCAGAGAUGACAUCAUAAGAGCCAACAGGCAGAAGCAUGGAAAGCGCUACAUCAACAAAGGGGGACAAAAACCCCCAAACAACUUUAGAGACCUACCAGUUUGCCCUAGUACCAAAGAAAUCACAACCCAAGAACGCCCUUUCUUGCGGAAGAAUAUAACUAAGGGGAGGUACGAAGACGCUGAGCACUAUCUCGAUGUACAGUUUCGAUUGCUCAGAGAAGAUUUUCUUGAGCCUCUUAGAGAAGGAAUUUACGAGAUUGUCCAAAACGUACCAAGGAAAAUGCGCAAUCAAUUAAUGAGAUAUUAUACAGGAGUACAAAUCGUCAGAAAGACGUUCACGCCGUCUGGAGUUUCUUAUGAAGUACAAUUUGAUAUCUCCAGGUUCAAUACCAGGAGGUGGGCGCACUCGAAACGACUCAUCUUUGGUUCAUUCCUUUGCCUUUCCAAAGACAACUUUGAGACCAUGCUUUUCGCCACGGUUUGUAACAGAGAUCCAGAGGAACUGAUAACCGGAAAAAUUGACAUUCGAUUCCUAGAAGAACAGGACAUCUUUGGGAUCGAAAACCGCAACUUUGAUUAUCAAAUGGUUGAAUCGCCAGCUUAUUAUGAAGCAUAUUGUCAUGUUCUUAAAGGGCUAAAGGAAUUAGAUGAAACCACUUUACCAUUCAAGAAAUACCUAGUUGAAAGCUGCGAGGAGGUUGAUCCACCAGAGUACCUGAGACGCGAGGAUACUCAAGAGCCGGUGUGUUACGAUCUUACACUGGCCCUGAAUGUUCCACACGCAACAGAAGCAAGGAGAGUUCCUGUCCUACACCUUGACGCUUGGCCGCCUGUCGAGACUCUUCCUCUUAACGAUUCUCAGCUUGAAGCCUUAAAAAUGGCACUUUCAACUGAGUUUUCAGUAAUUCAGGGUCCUCCUGGAACUGGAAAGACGUACGUCGGGGCAAAAAUUGUGCGAUGCUUACUUGAGAACCGAGAGGCCUGGGACCCAGAUAAAGUUUCGCCAAUGCUUAUGGUCUGUUACACUAACCACGCUUUGGAUCAGUUUUUGGAGAAAGUAUUGGAGUUCCUUCCUAAGGAAGAGAUCAUUCGUGUCGGAGGGAGAUGCAAAAGUAAGCAACUAGAAGGGUGUAACCUGAAGCUUUUUACCAGUCAAUACAGGAAGUGUGACAAGCGAGGGGAGGUCAGAGCUUUAAUAGAAAACAUCGUAUCGGCGACGAACCAUUGCAAAGAUUUGCUUGCCAAAGCAGACGAUCGACUGUUAUGUCUGGACGACUUAGAAGACUUGUUAAGUACAGGACACGUGGAACAGCUGUACAAUGCCAUCUUCCCUCACAACGCCACAAGAGAAUCCCGACAUGCAGGAAACACCUUCGCACUUUGGUUAUGUAGCAACGAGCAGAUUAAUUCCUGCAAUCAGAUAAAAAAGGUAACAGAGGAAAGCCUACAAAAUGGAAUUGUUUUACCAAAACAUAAUGUAGGAGAAGACCGAGAAAUAUUCUAUGAUUCUACGAUGUCAUUAGCCCCAUUUAUCGCCGAUGAAGUCGGUUAUGAUACUGAACUAGAAGGUGCAAGUGUAGGUCAGAGGCAAGUUUCCUUUGCAUUAACGCCAACCUCCUAUGGUAUCGAAUCCAGCCGUCUUCUAUUAGUAGAGGAACAAUCCAAUUCAUCAAAACAUCAUCCUAAAUCGACAAAGAACCUCCCACUUGAUCAAAGGGAAUUGCAGGAAACAUCCUUCGCAAGUGCCAAAAGAGAAGCACCAGAAAGUUUCGUAGAUCGAGACACCACUCUUACAGCAUCAGUUGCUUUGGAAGCCAGUUCUCAAACAGACUCUAAAACUGAAAAGGAUAACGACUUUGAGACUGUUAGUGAAGUUUCAGAAGUUUUUGAAGAGACUAUCACAGUAGAAAAGGAAGCUGAUUUGAUACAGUAUCAAAGAUGUCUACACGGAGAUGGCGAUUUCCUUCCUUUUACCGUCAAGACGGCAUCAGAAGACGAAAGAGGUCCAGAGCUAGAGGGAAAACAUGAGGAAGAGGGAUGGGAGGUGGUGGUUUAUAAGAAGAAAAAGAAGGGAAAAGUUUGUUUCCAGAGGAAGCAAAGAAUGCUUGAGAGCUCUGAAGAUGCAUUAGAGGAAGAGCAAGUGUUGUAUGUUCCAGACGAGGGCGAUACUGACUACAACACCUCAUCAAAGAAGAAGAAAAAGAAGCAAAAGAAGAAAAACAAAAAAAUUCAUCUCACAGCUAAUAUUGAAGAUUUAAAAGGGAAGCUGGAAAAAGAAGCAACAAUGUCUUAUGAAGAGGCAACGAGUGUCAAGGACAUUUGGCUGCUAUCGCCCUCUAAACGACUUCGAUUGUAUCUUUUCUGGGUGGAGAGCUACCGUGAACGGUUUAGAGUUGAAAUCCAGAGAUGUGAAAGGGAAUACGAACAACUUUGCCACGAGCUAGAUGAUGUCAGAUUUCAAGAAGAGGAAGAGGUAAUACGUCGUGCAACUGUUGUUGGCAUGACAACUAGUGGUGCAGCAAGGUAUCACUCAGUGCUUCAGAGUGUAGCCCCUAAAAUUGUUAUCAUCGAAGAAGCAGCCGAGGUUAUGGAAGCCCACAUCAUCACGUCUCUUUCGCACAACACAAAACACACGAUUCUUAUUGGAGAUCACAAGCAACUCCGUCCAAAAGCAACAGUCUAUGAACUGGCCCAGAAAUACAACCUGGAAAUUUCCUUGUUCGAAAGAAUGGUUAUGAACCGCAUGGAAUGCAAACGCCUAAGUAUACAGCAUCGCAUGCGCCCAGAGAUUGCCGCACUGACCAAAAGAAUCUAUGAGUAUGAGAUCAUUGACCACGAAUCUGUACACAACUUUGAAAAUAUCACAGGUGUAACAAGUAACCUCUUCUUCAUCGAUCAUCGCCAACCUGAGAACCUAGAGGGUGGCUUACAAAGUUACUCCAACCCUUACGAAGCAGACUUUCUGGUAGAACUCUCCAAUUACCUUCUGCUUCAAGGAUACAAACCAAACCAAAUUACAAUUCUCACCAUGUACACUGGCCAGUUGUUACUUCUUCAAGAGAAAAUGCCGAGACGAAUAUUUGGGGGAAUACGAGUGUGUGCCGUUGACAAUUUUCAAGGUGAAGAGAGUGACAUCAUUCUUCUUUCGCUAGUGAGGAGCAAUUCAGAAAGCAAAAUUGGUUUUCUGGGUGAGUCGAACAGAAUCUGUGUUGCAUUGUCAAGAGCUCGCGAAGGAUUUUACUGUAUUGGAAAUUUCCAGCUAUUGAAAACACAGUGCAAGCUGUGGAGGGAUAUAUGCAAUUAUCUUCAAGCGCGAAAUUCAAUCGGCGAGAACCUGCAGCUUGUUUGCAAGAGGCACAACAAUGUGUUCAAUGUACAAUCGGGAAAAGAUUUCAACAGACUUGGAGGAUGCAAGGAGAUUUGUGGAGACCGCCUUAAUUGUGGGCAUGCCUGUGAAAGCCUAUGUCAUGUUCGCGACCCACUUCACCAGAAAUUCAAGUGCUUGAAAAGAUGUUCCAAACCGUGUUCCAAUGGACAUCAGUGUCGACUUGUCUGUCAUUCUCAUGUAGAAUGUCCAAAAUGUGUUGCGCCUAUGUCAAAGACAAUACCUAGAUGUGGUCACGAACAACAAGUUCCGUGCUCUACUGACCCGUCAAAAUUUUUUUGUCGAGCCCAAUGCGAGAAACUCCUCCAGUGUGGCCACAAAUGCGCGGAUUCAUGUGGAGCUAUUUCAUGUACACAAAAAUGUCUCGUUCAGUGCAAGAAAAUCCUUCCAUGUGAGCACGAAAAGAUGAUGGCAUGUUUUAAAAACCCCAUGGAACACAGAAAAUGCGACGUUAGCUGUCCAAAAGUUCUAGACUGUGGCCACCCAUGUUCAAUGCGAUGCACCGAUAACUGUCGAUGUAACAGCAGCAUUAGAGUUAAAUUGAGGUGUGGGCAUCGAAAGAUAAUUUUAUGUCGCAAUAAAGAAAACCCUCAGCUGUGCUUUGAGAGAUGUGAAAGGGAACUGGACUGUGGACAUAUUUGUCCAGGUAAAUGUCACGAGAAUUGUGGAACGAAAAAAUGUGAAAGCGCUGUCUCCAAGUGUCUUCCAUGCGGCCACCAACAAAUGGCUCCUUGCCAUAUGAAUCCAAUAAAAGUUUUCUGUAACGCACCUUGUCAAAGGCAGCUGAACUGCGGUCACAAGUGCUCAUCUGUUUGCGGCCGAGUGUGCCAAGAGGUUCGAUGCCAACAUUUAUGCCAAAUGAUCUGUAAGGGUGGUCAUGCAUGUAAAAAACCUUGCCACUUUAACUUGCCAUGUGGCGAUUGCAUGGAAAUGGUUAAUGUAACAAUUCCAUCAUGUGAACACAGUAUUGAAACCUACUGUUACGUAGAACCAGCCACAGUGACGUGUAAAAGACCUUGUGAAAGACUACGAGCCUGUGGACAUCCAUGUCAGGAAAUUUGUGGUAAGAGAUGCGAAACGCGGCCGUGCAAGGAAACUGUAACCAGAACGUUAGCAUGUGGUCAUGCAGUACCCUUACCCUGUCGCAAGGACCCGGAAAAGUACAAAUGCAGGGAAAAGAUCGAGGUUCGUUUAUUGUGUGGACACAAGAAGACUUUGGAGUGUUAUGUUGCAAAAACUGAAAAAGAAAACAUUUUAUGUAACGAAAUUGUUCAGAAAAAACUGCACUGUAAACACACGGUCUCUCUCCCCUGUCAUAAAGGUAUCGAAGAGUACAAAUGCAAGCAGAAAGUUAAAGUAGAGCUUUCGUGUGGACAUGCCAAGACUGUUCUCUGUUUCGUUGCGACCGGUAACUUGCAAAGUGUCAACUGUAAGGAGAAGGUGGAACGAGAACUACCGUGCGGACAUAACGAAACCCUACCGUGUUACAGAAAUCCUGAAGAGUAUUGCUGUCAAAAGGAGGUUGAAAUUACCCUUCCUUGUUUACAUAAGAAACUGAUAGUGUGUGCCAAAGUGAGCCGUGGACUACAUGGCGAACCAUGUGAUGAAAUAGUGACGAGGAAAUUACCUUGCAACCAUGAGAAGCAAAUGAAGUGCUCGUUUCAAACUGAGAAAGCAUUUUGUGAUGCUCCUUGUGGAAAAAAUCUUUCAUGUAACCACCCUUGCCCGGGAAAAUGUGGCGAGAAUUGCUCCAGCUUCAAAUGCGCUGUCAAAAUUGAAAAGAAAUUAGCCUGCGGAAAACACUGGAAAACUUUCCGUUGUUCAGAAGAUGUGUCACAGAGUAUUUGUUCGAGUAGCUGCACGCUUACGUUGUCCUGUGGACACAGAUGCCCUGGUAAAUGCUUUGAAGACUGCAAUAACUUCAAGUGUUCAGUAAUGAUGUUUAAGCACCUCAAUUGCGCAGGAAACCACUCCAAGGAAAUGGCUUGUAGUGAGGACCCUAAGGCUGCAAAAUGCGAGAAACGAUGCGACAGAACUCUUGUUUGUGGUCAUCCGUGUCCAGGGCUAUGCGGUCAAGACUGUGGCAGUAUGAAGUGCAUCCGAAGAGUAGAAAAAUCAUUUCCUUGUGGUCAUAAGGAGCCACUUCAGUGUUACCAGAGUGAAAGUGCAACUUGCAUGAAACCCUGUCGGCGUCGAAAGAGUACAUGCAAACAUUUGUGUAAGGGAGUGUGUGGUGACAACUGCUCCAAGUAUCCUUGUGAUGUAGCCGUAAAUAAGACCCUUGCAUGCGGCCAUAAAAUCAGGAUGCUUUGCAGCCGAACUGCUGAUGCCGUUGAAUGCCCCGUUCCGUGUGGGAAAACGUUACCCUGUGGUCACCAAUGUUCUGGAGCGUGUAAAGAUUGUCAACCGAGAGGCUCACAUGAAUUGUGCCAAUAUACAUGCGGCAAAUUACUCGUAUGUCUGCAUCGUUGCAAGGCCAUGUGUAGCGAGCCUUGUCCUCCAUGUGACAGGAAAUGCAACCGAUGGUGCCCUCAUGGAAAGUGGUCAAAAAAAUGCUCUAAACCGUGCGAACCGUGUAAAAAACCGUGCACCUGGAGUUGUCCUCAUUAUCAAUGCAACAAUCUCUGUGGUGAGGAAUGCGACCGACCUCGCUGUGAUGCUCCUUGUACCAAGAAGCUUCAAUGCCGUCAUCCGUGUAUUGGGCUAUGUGGAGAAAAUUGUCCCAGCUUAUGCAGCAUUUGCCACUCCAAAAAGCUUUCUUCCCUAUUUGGCGAUGGACAUGGUAAGAAAAUGGAAGUCCCCAGAUGCUUACAGUUGUUUGACUGUGGUCAUAUUAUAAAGGUCGAUGAAAUGGAUGCGUGGGUGUCGCUUGAGUUGGGUAAUGAUGUACGCCUCUUGCGAUGUCCGAAGUGCACUACAUCAAUAACAUUUAGCUAUCGCUAUGGCAAUAUCAUCAAAAGAGCACUGGCUAAUAUAGAAGAUGUCAAAAGACAACUUCAACAGGUCGAAAAUGAAGUAACUAACUCAGCCAUACAGCUAGCAAAAGAUCUAAAUAUUGAGCAGCCAAAGCAUGCUGUAAAGAAGAAGAGGAAGAGGGUCCCGCCAACAGAAUUAGACUACGUUCAGGUAGUUCGAUGGACUUGGAAUCCUUUCAAUCUGCCAGAUGCAAAUGAGAGUAGCGUCCUUAAAUCGACGUUUAGAAAUCAUCUGAUCAUCCUUCAGCAGGUAACGAGAGCAGAACAAGUGCUAAAAAGAAUUCAAGUUGGCUUCAAAGACCAACAUAAGAUGGGGGAUUUAUCUAAAGCCACAUUGGAAGACGCAUUGGAAGAUAUCAAAGAGUACCUUGAGGAGCCGCAACUGGAUCUUAAAUCACUAAGUCAAGUGUAUGAGCAAGCGAGGAAGUUCUUCCUAUUUUCUAGUGUUUUAGAGGUCCAUAACACUGCUGUACAGAAGAAAAUCGCUCUGUCAAGUAUUGGUGAAUAUAGAUUAAAGUUGGCGUGCAAUGGGUUUACGGGGUUCAUCCAGGAUGAUGAUGGUGCUUUAGAUCUUGAACGACUGGAAAGGAUCGUUGAAGUGCUCCGUGCAGAGGUAAAACUUGCACCUUUACGGCCUGAGGAAGUAAAAGUCUUCUCGAAUUUCCCUGGAUACCAAAGUGACAUUUGGAAAUUAUGUGGACAAGGCCACGUUUACUACAUGACAUGGAUUGUGCGAGGAGGCGAAGAUAUACUGACCGGAAGCGAAGGAUGCAGAAGAUGUACAAAAAGUGAAACUGUAUAAAAUGAAUAGGGUCCUUUAAAACAUUGGAGAGUCCUUACUUAUGCUCGCCUAUAAGGAUUUUCACGGAAUCAAAGCGUCUGGCUAUCUACAACCAUAGACCCCUUCGAGGAACCAAAGAACUUUAUCAUCUCUAUAGGUCUCAAUAUGCCGCGGAAAGAGCUAUAUUAAGUGCUUGCGAGUUAUUAUAAAAGACGUGGAAGAUUGCACCAGAGAACAGUUCAGAAUAUCUAAUAACUUACGCGUGAAUGGAUCAGAAAAGAAACUUAUUAUACCUGCUUCAAUUUCUGUAAAACAUUGGUUGUGCGCACUGUAGCAAUUAAGGCCGGCCUUAUACGACAUCGCACCAAGAACUCGUCCUUUCGCAGACGUACUACUUAUACACAAUGAGAAAGUACAUGAUCUUAGAGCGAACAAAUGAUAUGGUGACCGGCGUAAAACUGAAUAAUAAAUAGUGCUUAAAUAACUUAGCGAGUUAGUUUACCAGAUUUAUCUCGGGAUAUUAAUCUAUUAGAGUAUUAAUUAAAACGUAGCUUUUCAUCAGGCAAGAUUUAGAUAU